GGGACAGCAAAAAAUAGAGGGUGGGAGACAAUGAGAAACUCCUGUAAAUUAUAAAAGGAGGCAGGAUACUAUUCAGCAAGUGUGACACUGUUCUCUGGGGACAUUCAUUUUACAGAUUGACUGGCUCCUUCUUCGCUUCUCAUGGCUUUACUCCUCUACUUUCUGAUCAUCUCGACAUUCCCAUCAGAUACAUCAGGAGUUCUCAAGAGGGCUUUUCCAUGGUUGAAAUGAUUUCAACUGGAUGACACAGGUAUUUUUCACACCUUUUGCUAAACCAUGGAGACUUCUCUUCUGGGACUUCUUAUUUGGUGCUUCUAUCUCAAACUCCUACAAGCAGCCGAAAUCUUCCAACAACAACAGCAACCAGCUCCACCCAAAACCAGGACACCCAAAACGAAAGAGUGGAUACCUUCAUCUUCAUCUUUUUUGGUUUCAGCUUUCACUUGGGUGCCUACCCUUAAUUUGGAUAAGGCUGAACCUGAGGGAUCAGAGGCAGCAAUGGCCUUCCUGUACUCUGGAGAUACCUUGAGCCUCUCACAAGCCAACUGUACCCAGAGAUUUGAAAUGAGGGCUUUAGUGAAGGAUUCUCGCCCUCCACCAGCCUUAUAUUCCUAUUUACGCAGUGCUACUGACACCUUGACCCAUGCCACCAAUUUCCUCAAUAUGGUCUUUCAGACUAAUGACAUUCGGGAAUCCAGUGUGAAAGAGGAUGUAGAAUGGUACCAUGCCUUGGUGAGAAGUGUUAUAGAAGGGGAUUCUCAAGUUUACCGAGCCAUAUUGACUUUUGAUGCUCAUCCUUUGUCUUCCAAGCCCCAGUUGAUACUUCAAGCCACAAAGGGGAAUAAUGAGAUCUUACUUCAAGAUCUUUCUGCCUUUUCAGAAAAUCUAAGGAAUCUGACUUGGGAAAAUGAGUGGUACAAUUUCUUUAGGUUCCAACGGACUCCACCGCUUUAUAAGAGGAUUCUCAGCAAUGACCUUAAGACACUAGACACCCCCAAAUGGAGCCAAGGAGAUAGUUAUGUGAUGGAUCAGGGCUAUAUCAAAUGGUCCCCACCUUUCCUGGAAUGUGAAGAUGGAAAAUUCUUGCCCACCUGGAUGGUUACACUCUCCUCUUCAUUCUACGGCCUCAAGCCUGACCUCAAUCCAGAAUUCAAAGGGGUCAUGAGGCUGGAUGUUAAAAUCCAAAAUGUUGAUAUAAACCAGUGUGCCACUAACGGAGGAUGGUUUGCAAACUCACAUCAGUGUGAUCUCAACAGCACCCAGUGUAUCCCACAGGAAAACCAUGGAUUUAUCCUUGGAAAAUAUAGUUGUCUUUGCAAGCCAGGUUUCUAUGGAGGACAGAGAACUGCCACUUCCCACCUGUCUUCAAUCAGUAAAGGCUGGUCUGGACAAAGUGCUUCCCAGGAUGGAGCAGUGAAUUCUGGGAAUUUGCUGCAAUGCCAUCCCUGUUGGGAAGGAUGCAUGGCCUGUAUUGAUGGCAAACCAUGUCUGAUCCAGGAAGAUUGGUCUCUACGGGCUAUUGUUCUUGCUUUCCAGGCCUUCUGUAUGUUGACAGUUUUCUUCAACAUGUUAAUUUCUUACCAUUAUAGGAAGAGCAAGAGGAUUCGGGCUUCCGGAGUUAUUCUUCUGGAGACAAUACUCUUUGGCUCACUCCUGCUCUAUUUUCCUGUCUUUAUCUUGUACUUCAAGCCAAGUAUCUUCCGCUGCAUUGUCCUGCGAUGGGUGCGCAUGCUGGGUUUUGCCAUUGUUUAUGGAACAAUCACUCUUAAACUGUAUAGGGUAUUAAAGGUCUUUUUGUCUCACACGGCUCAGCGAGUCCCUUACAUGACCAGUGGGCUAGUGCUAAAGAAACUGGCAUUGAUUCUACUGUUGGUCCUAUGGUUUUUGGCUGCAUGGACAGUUGGGAUGCUGGAGAAUAUUGAGAAAAACAUACCACUGGUAGUCCGUUCACAGACACCUAGGGGCCUCCAGUUUUACAUCUGUGAUCAAGAUCGAUGGGAUUACAUGAUGGCUGUGGCUGAAAUGCUGUUCUUGUUUUGGGGAAGUUUUCUGUGCUUUACUUCUCGAACAAUCCCUUCUGCUUUUCAUGAACCUCGCUACAUGUGCAUUGCUGUCCACAAUGAGCUGAUAACUUCCACCGCUUUUCAUGUUAUGAGAUUUUUAAUGGUUCCUUCCUUGCAUCCUGACUGGACUCUACUACUAUUUUUCAUCCAUACUCAUGUCACUACCACAAUGACACUUGCACUUAUUUUCAUCCCAAAGUUCCUGUAUGCAGGCUCACCCUUGAGGGAAGAAAUUGCUGCUGAGAUGUAUGAGGAUGAGUUGGAUAUUAGGCAUUCAGGAUCCUUCUUGAACAGCAGCAUCACCUCGGCAUGGAGUGAGCACAGUCUUGAUCCCGAUGACAUUCGGGAUGAAUUGAAAAAGCUUUAUACACAGCUAGAAUUUCACAAGACCAAGAAGAUGACGGCCAACAACCCGCACCUUCAGAAGAAGAGAAGUUCAAAGAGGGGCUUAGGCCACACUUUGAUGAGACGUAUCACCGAGUUACCUGAAUCUAUGUCCCGCCAGUGCAGCAAGAAGGAAAAAGAUGGGUCUAUCAGUGGAAGAAGACAAAAUCAUUCUGUCUCCUAUAAGCAAAGAUUUUCGGACUCCAGAAAUCUGAGCAUGAAAUUGAAGGAGGACUUAUCUCCCAAGCACAAGGUGGCCUUCCAAGCACAAGGUGGGAUUUCACUGCAGAAAUCCCACAGUACCUAUGACCACCAGAGGGAUGUUAAGGCAAACAGUGAAUUAACCAGACACGAUAGUUGCAAGGAAGCUCCUCUGUUAGACUCACUGAUGAGGAAAAAGCUAGUCAAGAAAACCUCAGAGAAAUCUGACAAUGACUCUGUUUAUUCAGCCACUCUGGUAUACAAAUCAGCCAGUGCUCACAAUUUGUUGGCAGAUAAGAAAUCUCUGCAUCCCAAGUAUUACACUCUGCAGAAAUCUCUUAGUGUUGCCAGCAGUGAAAAAGAAAAUGCCUCACUGUUAACUAGAACAGCUAAUUUAGAAAAUACCCAUAAACUUGCUCAAGAGAAAGACAUAAGUGCAGUAGUGGAAGAUACCAUGCCAGAAAGUGAGAAGUCCAGACACACUGAAUUCAGCAAUGUCAUCUCAGAAAUUGAGGUGAAACCGUUGCAGAGGGAGAACACAGCAAAAGGAAUUGAGAGACAUUUUCCCGAAGGCAAAAACGUUAUAUGUCCAUGGGAAGCUGAGACAGACACAUCAACACCAUUAGAAAGCAGAGAUAAGAAGGAUGUAACACCCGCCCCCAUCAGGAGCAUCAGUAUCAACAUUUCUGAUUUGCCUGAGAGAAGACCCCACACCAUUAAGAAGAUACCACCUGAGCCACCCAUCAGGCAGCAAAGUUUGAUUCACAACCUUGAAAGGUGUGUAGCUCAGUGGGACACUUAUGAUCAAAAGCAACAUCCUGCUCAGUCUCCUAAAAAAGAACCCCCAAAUAUUCCAGUGCCAGUCAACAUAUAUCUAACAGAAACAGAAGAGGGUUCUUCAUUAAAACCUGAAAUGGAAAAGACUAUGCAAGAAGAAAAUAAAGUGCCAUCUUCUUCUCCAGUGGAAUUAACCAGGCUAGCUUCCAUUGCUGCAGAAGUUUGCCCUUGGGAGGUUAUGGAAAUGCCCAUUCCAAGCAAGAAAGACCUAGAGGUGAGUGAUUCAGAUAAUCAAAACAGCUCUCCUGAGAAACAAUCACAAACCCUCAUUCCCAAAAGCUCCAUAAAAAGCUUAGGUAUGGCCAUUAAAGCAUCCAACCAUUCAAAGUUAAAGGGAAGCAUAAGUUCCAGAAAGAACAGUGAGAGCAGCGAAGCCAAAAAUGAGAAAGACAUCAGUGGAAAGUCCAAAUUGGCAGAAACAGAUUUAAUCCCUGCUGAAGGAUCAUCAAGACAAGAAGUACCCUCUAGGAGUCCUGGAUAUCGCAGGGCAAAGCCAUUCAGCAAACAAGCAACUAUCUGCCCUUGGGAUGAGGAAGAAGAAGCUUCUCCUAGCUCACAGAAAAAUAAUUUAAAUAAUUUAAAUAGAAAUCUUGAGUUAUGCCCUUGGGAGAUGAAUGAAGAUAUUGAGGAUAGAGUGAGCAAUUUACCAGCAACAGUUUCCAAAGGUGCUAAGGAGAUCUCCCCUAACAGACUGGAAAAGACCAAGAGCCAAUGGGGAUCUAUGUGUCCCAGUGGGAGACCAGAGGAUCAAAACAGAGAGAAUAAAACUUCCGAUCUCUUGUCAUUGGUUUCAAAAACAGACAAGAAGGCUGAAAUUUGUCCCUGGGAAAUCAGUGAACCAAAACUCAAAAUAGAAGUAAGUCCCUGGGAAAAUAAUGAUCCCUCAACAUCAGAAAGGGAGCUUAAAGGGAAUGUAACUGUCAUUUCCAGAGAUGAGAAAAAAGGAACUAGAGAAGAAGCAUUUGUGAAAGGGAACAACAAGAAUAGGGAAUCUAUUUGUCCAUGGGAGAACAUAGUUAGUGAAGAUUUAUUGAUCAAGUCUACAUCCAAGACCAUCAGUCUUUCCAAACUCACCUCAGAGAAUUCAGAAACCCUGGAAAACCGAAAUACAACAGUUUGCCCUUGGGAAGCUGAAGGCACUGAAACUGCUAAUAAAGCAGAAAUCUGCCCCUGGGAAAUGUUGGGUCCUUUCAAUCAGGAUACAGAAAGAGCAACCAAAAAGACUGUAGCCAUUGAAUCUAAGUCUCCAGAAAAGGCAUGUAGCUCACAAGAGACAAGAAAUCUUUGUGAAAUCCUGAAUACUGAUAAAUUGUCAUCUGAAUCAAAUGUUAAAGGCCUAAACUCCUCCAGAUCUGGCAGUGCAGAGAACUUAUUGUAUGCAGAAGUAUGUCCUUGGGAAAGCAUGGAUAGUCCUAAAAUUAUUUUACAGAAAGAAACAAGUCCUUAUAAAUCAUUAAAAAAGGUAAGCAAUCUCCAGGAAGCUGUCUGCCCAUGGGACAAUGUUGAUCCCAGCAUAUCUUCCAAAAUCCCUUCAAAGAACUUUGAUAGCACAGAAAACUUAAAGGCAGAAGUCUGUCCUUGGGAAGCAACCAAAGAAAAUGCUUCCAAAGCAGAUGAGGGCUGCAAAAAUACUUCUCCAGUGAGUUUGUCCAAAUCAACUGCAAAUCUGAGCAAUUUACAGGAAGACGUCUGUCCAUGGGACAGCAGAGAGAUUCAGCAAUUUUCACCAAGAUCUGGUGACCAAAGAUUGGCUCCAUACAAUAGUGGCUUAAAGAAAUUUGAUAAUAUUAAAAGUCUAAGCAUAGAUGUUUGCCCAUGGGAAACCUCAGAAGAAGUGAAAAUAUCUCCAUGGACUGAAGCCAUGCGCUCAUUAAAAACAAAAAAGCAAGUCUCAACUGUGCUCUGCAAAGAGAAGGAAGGCAGUGCACUUAAAAUUCCAAGCUCCAAUAAAGCUUGGAAAGAAGUAGCAUUUAAAAAAGUAAAGAUAUCAAGAAGUAAUCAAGGAUCUACUUUUCCCUCAGGAAGUGUGAUCACUGAUGAACCAACUAGAAAAAACAGCCAAAGCCCACAUCUAUUGCAAGUUAGUUCUAAAAAUACUGGAAGUGUUGAGAGUGUAAAGGCAGAGAUUUGUCCGUGGGAUUUCCAGGAGCUUCAGACAGAUGCUAAGAUUGAAGGACCACCAGAUGAAAGUACCUUUAGAAAGGAGUCAGACCAGAUUUCCAAUUAUAAAGCAGAUACAAAACCUUUAAUAAGGCAGAUAAAGAGACAAGAGGAAGUAAGCAGCCCACAAGAAUCUAUUUGUCCUUGGGAGAGCAUGGCACAAAUAAGCAGCCAAAGCCCAACAUUGCCCAAAGAUGGUUCAACGAAAUCAGAGAAUGCUGAAAGAGCAGAGAUAUGUCCUUGGGAAGUUGAGGAAGAGGAAUCCAGUGGCAAGACUGAACUAUGCCUCAUGGAAACAGAACCUACAUCUAACAGUAAUACGAUAGUAAAUCAGGAUAUCAGUGGAGUUUCAAAAUGCAAUAUGCUGACAAGCCCAAGCUUAAAGAAAGUCUGGAGAGAUAUGUCAGCUAAAGUAUUCAAGUCACAUAGUCAGCAAGCUUCAAUUUCUUCCCAGAAAAAUAUUGACAUAAUCUCAUUAACACCCAGCAGUAAAAGUUUAGACUUGUCCAUCAAACCUAACAAUACUAAAAGCCUAAAAACAGAAAUUUGGGAAAUGCAGGAAGCUGGAGCUACUAUGAAAGCUGAAAUAUGUCCCUGGGAAGUUACUGAAGCUCCACUGGAGAAGGGGACCACAAGGAAGGCUUUCAAAGAGAAUGUGAAAACAGAUUCAAGAAGCUCUGUUGAAACACCAGAAGCUCUGGAGGAAAGUAGCAAUUCUCUACAGUCUGAUUUAAAUGCUGCAGCCGUCACUGCAGCCGUAACCAGCACUUCUUUAAAGAUGCUUGAUGGUACAGAAAAUAUGGAGAUCUCCCUUCAAGAAGCCAAACAAUCGAAGACAUUCAGUAAGAGAGAGAUUUGUCCAUGGGAAGCAGAAGCAGAAGUACCAGCAAACACUGGGGAAAUAACUCAGAUUGUGCAGCAGUGUUUGGCUGGGCCCAUGUCUUUGGGCCACAGUCUUUCAAGGGCACAGUCAGAAGGUACAAAGAAGAUCCUUUCAUCAGAAAGUAGAGAGGACAUAUUUAUAGACAACACUUUCUCUUCAGAAGCAGAGAAAGAUUCUACACUGACCAGAACCGAUUCUGCAAAAAAUGAAAAAGGCUCAGAAGCUUGCUUAGGAGAGACAGAAGAAGUCAGUUCCGUGCCUGCUGUGGUAACCCAAAGCAAAACAGAACAGAAACCAGAUGCUCAGGAAGCAGAAGAUCCUAGCAAAAUCACAUCAAGUAUCUGUCCUUGGGAUUACAAUUGAAUGGGCAAAACUAAGAACCUGUUUCGAUGUUUUGAGAAAAGAUUUUUCUUGGAUGCAAAAUGGUUUAAAAUAAACCCACCUUUUAGAUUAAAAAAAUAAAAGACAUCUACUAGUUGUGGUAAUAAUGCUCACUAUAUAUUAAGGAAAAUAAUACUGUAAGUUUGAAUGAUGAAACUGUGGUCAGACAGGACUGCUUUUACCCCCCAAAAAAGUUGUACAAUUCUGCCUGUGAAAGAGAAAGUUACCUGUGAAAACUUGCAUUUUGUUUUUGUACACAGACAUGUAAUACACAGAUCCCAUUGUGUAUUCUUUCAGCCACUGCAAGCCAUCCACAUCAAAUAUUUGUAAAUCAUUGAAUCUGAGUAAAAAUUCUAUUCACAGUGAAAAGCAUCCAUUGAAAAUAGGCUUUAAACAAGGUUGAAUUGGGGAUUAUUUGGCAAGGAUAUUUGCAUAUAGCAGUAGUUAUGGCAUGCAUCAAUGGAUAAUGGCAAUAACCAUAAUCAAGGAGAGUUAUUUUUUGUUUUGUUUUACAAAAUAUUACCUAUUGGUUCAUUAUUUACUUAAAAGACUUUUCACUAGCCUUCUAGUGAAGGCUUUACAGGGUGGUUUACAAGUUUAAUAAAAUAUAGAAAUACAAUUACACUGAGGGAGUUUUUAAAAAGAGUGAUGAUGUCAUACCUGGAAACUCCCUAGGAAGGCAUGGACCUAUCACUGAAAAAAGGUGAUCCGGAUUAGGUAAAGCUUAACCUUGUUGACCAUUAUGACAGAGAACAGAGCUUCCAUUGCUGAUCUCUCAGCCCCAUUCAGUCUAUUCUUCUAAGAUGUAAAACCUAAGAUCGGCACCUUAAAUCAGUCAAGAAACCUACAGCAAAGUAACUAAUUUAGAAUAAAUGUAACAUGAUCCAUGUACCACAGGUUUUCCAUUUUAAGUAUAAUCAACCUUAUUGGGGCAGUAGAUACACUGGAAUAUUGACAUCAUGUUAUCUUUGCAUUUGGAAAACAACUGCCAGGGGAUGAUUGCCUGUUGGUAAAGUAGCUGCUAUGGCAGGAAGUUCCAGUAACAAAAUGGGAAAAGGGCUAGGGAGGGGGCAAACUGGUGAUACAAUACUACCAUUGCUCUCCAGUUUUUUGCCAUUGCUAAAUGAGUAUGCCUACUGCAUUGCAACCAAAAGUAUUUUCCAAAAGUAUGGAUGUUAUGUGGCACUGAAAGACAUUCUUGUAAAAAAAAAUUUUUAAAAAAACUUCCACUUUCUUGUAAACUUCCUUUUUUAAAAAAGAAGAGGCUGGUACUUUGAAGCAUGUAAGCUUCCAGUUUAUUUAUAUAGGAAAUUAAAGAAAACUCAAGCAACCUAGAGGCACAAAGAAAAGCCUGCAGAGUUUUUGUUGUUGGCUGAAGUCUGAAUUCUGAGAAAUUACCUUCAUAAUGUUGCAAAAAACCUUGCAUGGUAGACAGUAGAUGUCAAGCUCAAAAAGAGGCUGUUAUUAUUAUUUUUACUUCUGGAGAAAAUGCUUUCCAGAUUGUCAUGCCUGCUAUGAAAUUCUGAGGACUGAAAAAAUAUCCAGGAGUGUAUUUUAUCAUGCUAAUUCAGUUCAUGCUGGAUAUUGCUUAGGAAGCUACCCUAUUUUGAAAUCAGGUCAUUGAUCCAAGUAUAUGUAUAUGUCUACACAUAUGCUUCACAUUAUCAGCAAUUUAAGAGGUGUUGUCAGCCCUGCAAGGUAGUCCAGACCAGGAAGACAAAAUCUUUUAUAACUACAUUUCUGGUUUAGACUCAGAUUUUAUCAGAUCGUUAUCUGGACUCCAGCUCUUCUUCCUGUGUCUCAAGGUUAUUCUCAUAGCCAUUAGAAUAGACUUCAAGUUGCUGAGGUUGAGAAACAUUGAUCUAUAUAAGCAAUGUUUUUCAACCUUGGAAACUUUAAGAUAUGCUGGAGUUAAAGUUCAUACAUUUUAAAGUUGCUAACAUUGAAAAACACUGGUCUACUGGUUAAGCAAACUACAACUUUCAAUGUAGGUAACUUUCAAAGCUCAAAUUAAGAAGCCAAGGACUGAAUACAGCAUAAUUGCUGUGUCACCAAUUACAGGGAGGCUGCCAUGCCUUAAUUGAUGCUCUCUAUGUGAAUUUAGAAUACACUAGGUGCUUCUCUACAGCUGCGUAUUGCAGAUGCAUAACAAAUGAUAAAUAAUAAUAAUUGUUGCAUUUUUAUAAGGAUUAUAAUGAACUAUUUUUUUCUGUGGCAGGGUCCUAUCACAUUUGCAUAGGAGAAUGUCAUUUGUUUCCUGAAAAUCCAGCCAUUGUGAUUUGAAGGGCUUAGCUUCUGGCUUAAUGUGAUCAGCAAACCCAAUUUAUUGCUGUUUAUGUAAUAGUUUGUGGUUAAACAAAUUGCAACUCUGUAUAUAUUCCUUAACCACUGAGAGACAGGCCUAGUCCAUCUGCAUAACACCAUCCUGACUUUUAGCUAAGUUUUGUUUCUUAAUGAAACCUUAUAUAGACUUUAAUAAGAGCCAGGUAACACAGGCAAACAUUUUGGGUUCUAGCUGGCCUGUCACAUUAAAUGGUUUCAUGAUUGGGGGAGUCAUGAACCAUCUUUACCAUCAGUUUUUCCAGCUAUAACAUGGGAAAGAGAAAUGUGUUUUAUAGAAUUAUUAUAAAAAUUCUAUACAACUAGAAAGGCUUUUUGAACUAUUGGAAUUGUUAUACAGCUUUUAAUAAUCAAUUAUUGGUAUGAUUAAUGUUUGAGAAUUUAUUUUAAUAUAAUUUAUUAAAUCAGUUUCAAACAUCCCUCCCAUCCCUAAUCCCAUUACCCUCUUUUCUGCAAUAAACCAUCCCUAGAUUAUCUCAUUCUUCUUUGGGUUUGACAAUUUGUCUAUCAAAACCUUUUCCCAACUAUAUUCAUAUAUAAUUCAGUUUUAUAUCUUAUUGAAAAAGCCAGAAACUAAACUCUAAGGAAUAAGGUAUGGUGAAGGAGAUAUUGUUUUUCUUUCUUUUUUAAAAGCUGUCCUUGCCCUAUGUGUCUGUGGAUUUUAUUAGAGAUUUGGACAUGGGAUGAAACAAAUCAGGAAUAAAUCAGUAAGAUACAUUUAUACUGGCACUUCUCAACUUACCACUUGUUGAGCAACCAUUCAAAGUUUCAACAUGGAAAAAGGUGACUUAUGAAGCACUUGCCAUUGCUUCAGCAUCCCCAUGGUAGGGAUGGUUAUUUGGGCACUUGGCAAAUGUUGCACAUUUACAACAGACAGUCACAGUGUCCCAUAGUUGUAUGAUUGCCAUUUAUGAUCUUCCUAACUGGCUUUUAACAAGCAAAGUUAAUAUGGAAAUUGGCAGGGAAAGUCAGAAGUCACAGUCAUGUGAUACUUAACAACACAGCAAAAAAGGUUGGAAAAUUGGGUUUGGUCAUGUGGUACCUCCCUUAAUCAUACUGCUUAAUGACAAAUUUUCCAGUACCUGUUGUAGCCAUAAAUCAAGGACUCCCUAUAAUAGGCAAAUCAGACAUUGUUUCAAGUUGUUUCAAAUGUUGGUUACCUAUCCUAAAAUAAGCUAUGAUUUAUUCAUUAAAUCCAGUGUAUAGAUUACGCUAACCUGAAAUGUAUUAUAGCCUUAUCUUGUGUAUAAAUCCUAUGCAUACUGUAUUGUCCCUGAUCUCGUGUGAGCAAUUUGUUUAAAGAGACUGAUAUUUCUACCUUCUCAGAGUUUUGUUUAUGUUAACAUCUCCUGUCUAAAUAUUAUUUUUCUAUAAAGCUUUCUUUAAUGAUGUCAUCCAA